AUGCAUUUCUCUCAUAUCGCAAUCACUUCCCUCCUGGCGAGCGCCGCUCUCGCCAAGCCAAUGCGCCACCUUGCCCGUCAAGAAGCCGACACACCCUCCGUUCCGGACCUCGGGCCCUUACCGCUUCCCACUGGCAUCUUCCCUGGCCUGACCAAACGCCAGUCUCAAGGCGUCGACCCCGUUGCUGGUCUUGGAAACAGAGUCGGCGGACCCACUGAGGGUACCGGCAACGGCAAUGGCAGUGGUGGCGUAGAUGAUGGAGAAGACGACGACAAUAAUGGCAAUGGCAACGGCCAAGGCAACCGUAAUGGCAACGGCAACGGCAACGCAGCAGCAGCACCGCCGCCGCCGCCACCUCCACCAGCCGCAGCAGCGCCCCCCAUGCAAGAGCCUCCCAUGCAGCAGCCGCCUCCGCCACCUCAGCAGACUGCCGCAGCCACUCCACCACCUGCUGCAGCACCUGCGGCAGCACCCGCGACGCUGCCCGCCGAAGUUGCUGCGAAGAUGAUGCAGAUGGUCUGGAACCUCGGACCAAUCACGCAGUUGAAGCCCGGUCUCGGUGUCAUGGACAACACAGUGCUGCCCAAGAUCAACAACGUCGACUCCAAGGCGUCUUGA